CUGUUGUGUUGCAGAAUUCGAUGUUGUCGUAAGCCCGAAACGGACGAAGGGAUUCAAAUGGACGGUGAAUAUCGAGCAUGCAACCCUCGAAGCUCUCAAAGAUUCCAUACGUGCAGUAUACCAAACACCGGCUCUUGAAAAUGAUGGAGCGGUGUUCAACGUUACUCCCUCAAAAGCAUUCAACAACUGGACUUUCCCGAAAGUUUGCCAACUCUACAAUCUUAGCGAAGAUCCGAAUCCAGAUGUAUCUGUAUUUCCAACCUUUUCUUGCGGUUGCUCUGAUACGAAAAACGUAAAUUUCCAAGUCGCCCUCGAUAAAUUAAUGGUAGAGCUACAAACCCGUCUUGCCACGACGCCCAUCAACCUCUCGUACGAAGCAACAAAAACGAUAUAUACCUAUUCGUACCUGGCAUCUGCCGUGUCGCUCUUUGAAACACUGAUAAGGAUCCGACCUGAAAAGCUCAUCGAAGGAAAAAAUGGGCAAGGUAAAACUGAUUAUGCGAUGGAAUCAUGUGCGACGGGACGGAUUAUUGGCGUUGUAGAAGUCAAAAGGGAAGAUUUUUUGCAAGGCAUUGCGCAGGCAAGCGUACAAAUGGAAUCAUCAUUGACACGGAAGGGUAAUCACACCGAAAUACAAUUUCUUCAAAAGACGUUAUGCGCAACAAGGUCCUGUAAACUCGACAAAUCAACUCGCCAUUUUGCAGACCCUUUAUGGGCGAGUCAAAUCCUAAAUAUUGCGACGCUCCUGAACAUUCAUUUUAUCUGGGUUGGGUAUAUGUUAGCAGGCGGGGUAAAUAUAGAUUUGUUUUAUGGACAGUGGAUGAAUCAUUUAGCCGUAAUGUAUCAGUUUUCUCAAUUGUGA